UUACUGGAAAUUCUGGCACCGGCCAUCAGGAAAACAAAAAGGUGGAUUUUCCAGGAUUCCUAUUGGUGCAAUAAUUAACCAGCAACUGAAAUAAAUAGCAGCAAUAAUGAGAGGAAGCAAAUCCUGGAGCGAGGAGGAGACUCCACAUCACUAACAAGAAAAGAACAUCCCGGCAGAUCCCAAUGAAGGUCCCGCUGCUCCUUGUGCUGGUCCUGUCUAUGGCUGUGGCUCAUGCACAAGUCUUAGACUGGAUAGCAGGCGCCGGCAGGAAAAUCAAGGACGGUGCCAGAUUUGUUAAAGAAGCCGGUCAAGGAUCCUGGGACAUGGCUCGAGCCUAUAAAGAUAUGAGAGAUGCCAACUGGAAGAAUUCCGACAAGUAUUUCCAUGCCCGGGGGAAUUACGAUGCCGCACAGAGAGGGAGUGGUGGAGAGUGGGCAGCCAGGGUUAUAAGUGAUGCAAGAGAAUCCAUCCAGACGUCAGGCAGCGGAAGAGGGGCCGAGGACAGCGCUGCAGAUCAGAGAGCAAACGAGUGGGGGCGGAGCGGCCGGGACCCCAAUCACUACAGGCCUAAAGAUCUCCCUGACAAAUACAAAAGAACAUCCCGGCAGAUCCCAAUGAAGGUCCCGCUGCUCCUUGUGCUGGUCCUGUCUAUGGCUGUGGCUCAUGCACAAGUCUUAGACUGGCUAGAAGACACUGGCAGGAAAAUCAAGGACGGCGCCAGAUUUGUUAAAGAAGCCGGUCAAGGAUCCUGGGACAUGGCUCGAGCCUAUAACGAUAUGAGAGAUGCCAACUGGAAGAAUUCCGACAAGUAUUUCCAUGCCCGGGGGAAUUACGAUGCCGCACAGAGAGGGUGUGGUGGAGAGUGGGCAGCCAGGUUUAUAAGUGACGCAAGAGAAUUCAUCCAGACGUCAAGCAGCGGAGGAGGGGCCGAGGACAGCGCUGCAGAUCAGAGAGCAAACGAGUGGGGGCGGAGCGGCCGGGACCCCAAUCACUACAGGCCUAAAGGUCUCCCUGACAAAUACUAGACCUGGACGCGGCAAUUCUAUGGCGUGAUAGUGUAAUUAAUGCCAAUCGUCUCAUCCACAAGUUGUAACUAUUUCAGUAUUCACUAAUGAGAGCGCCCCCUAUAGGAAUAAAAGGUGCAUUAUCUUUA